AUGUUCCAGGAUUUUUCUGACCAGAGAGACAUGGCCAAGCCACCGGCCGGCGCCUGCGCUCCAACCGGCUACAUCCCGGUCCAGCAGCAGCAGCAGCAGCCCGACGGAGCUGCGGGACUUACUGCAAGCAAACCGGACAACACGGCCGUGUGCCCCCCGCCUGCCCCCCACCACCACCCGGCCCCUCAGCCGCCCUCCGCGCCCUGCAACGAGAGCAAAACUUUUUGUCCCACGGAAAAUAAACCGGGAGAACCGGAGAGCAACAAAGCCUAUGGGACGUUUAAAAGCGCCGCCCCGGCUGUGCCCCCGGCCGUGGCUGCGAACUCGGCCUUCAGGAAGGAUUCGGCCGGUUCGGUGCGCGGGGGGGCCGCCCAGUACGGAGACCCGCUCCGGGCCACCGCCGAACAGAACAACACCGCGGGCAACUGGACGGCUAUGAGCCAGACCACCAUCAUACUGGGAACAGAUGGAAACACGUCUGUUCAGCCCAGCUCCGCGGUGGGGGCUGACGAUGAUGACGAGGGGGGAGAUGAGAAUAAGGCCAGAGGAAACUGGUCCAAUAAACUGGAUUUUAUUCUGUCCAUGGUGGGCUAUGCUGUGGGACUGGGAAACGUUUGGAGGUUUCCUUAUCUUGCCUUCCAAAAUGGUGGAGGCGCUUUUUUGAUCCCAUACCUGACAAUGCUGGGCAUUGCCGGGAUCCCAAUCUUUUUGCUGGAGGUCUCUCUGGGCCAGUUUGCCAGUCAGGGGCCCGUGUCAGUGUGGAAAUGCAUCCCAGCUCUGCAAGGUUGCGGGAUUGCCAUGUUGAUUAUAUCUGUCUUGAUAGCCAUAUACUAUAAUAUUAUAAUGUGCUGGACACUGUACUACCUGUUCGCUUCGUUGAAGGGCUCACUGCCAUGGGCUAACUGUAGGAAUGAAUGGAACACGGUGGAAUGUAAGGACAAAGACAUGCUGCUGCUAGACACGUGCAUCCUGCGGGACAGAAACAUCACCUCCAUCAAGAACUCCACCUUCUGUCUGUCAGCCAACGCUGUGGGGAACCUGACCAGACUGAUUAACAUGACGACGGACAGCAACAAGACCUACGUCAGCCCCAGCGAGGAGUACUUCAAGUACAAUGUGUUGCACAUCUCCAAAGGGAUUGAAUAUCCAGGUGACCUGCGCUGGCCUCUUGCGGGCUGCCUUUUCCUGGCCUGGCUCAUCGUCUACGCCUCCUUAGCCAAAGGAAUCAAGUCAUCGGGGAAGGUGGUUUACUUCACCGCCACAUUUCCCUACGUGGUUCUGGUCAUCCUGUUGAUCAGAGGCGUGACGCUGCCCGGCGCCGGUGACGGUAUCCUCUACUUCAUCACACCCAAGUGGGAGAAGCUGAAUGAUGCCAAGGUGUGGAAAGACGCAGCCACUCAGAUUUUCUUCUCUCUGUCGGCUGCGUGGGGAGGUCUCAUCACUUUGUCUUCCUACAAUAAAUUCCACAAUAACUGCUACAGAGACACAAUCAUAGUGACGUGUACCAACAGCGCCACCAGUAUAUUCGCUGGCUUCGUCAUCUUCUCCGUCAUUGGUUUCAUGGCUCAUGAGCUGAAGGUGCCAAUAGAGAAAGUAGCAGAUGAAGGUCCGGGUAUUGCCUUCGUUGUGUAUCCUGAAGCUUUGACCAGACUUCCGUUGUCUCCGUUCUGGGCGAUCAUCUUCUUCCUCAUGCUUCUGACUCUUGGCCUGGAUACCAUGUUCGCCACCAUUGAGACCAUUGUAACCUCCGUGUCCGACGAGUUCCCCAAAUACCUGAGGAAACACAAACCUCUGUUCACCCUGGUCUGCUGCAUGUCCUUCUUCAUCCUUGGAUUUCCCAUGAUCACAGAGAGUGGGAUGUACAUGCUGCAGCUGGUGGACACGUUCGCUGCUUCCUAUUCUCUGGUCAUCAUCGCCAUCUGUGAGCUGGUGGGAAUUUCCUACCUCUACGGUCUGCAGAGGUUUUGCGAGGACAUUGAAAUGAUGAUUGGUUUCCAGCCGAACCGCUUCUGGAGACUGUGCUGGGCCUUUGUGACUCCGACCAUUCUGACAGGCAUUCUGGGGCUGAGUCUGUACCAGUGGAAGGUGAUGACAUAUGAGGACUACACCUACCCCACCUGGUCCAUGGUCCUGGGCUGGCUCAUGGUCAUCUGCUCCGUCAUCUGGAUCCCCAUCAUGUUCGUCAUUAAGAUGCACCUCGCCCCUGGCACCAUCAUUGAGCGUCUGAAGCUGGUCUGCUCCCCUCAGCCUGACUGGGGUCCUUUCCUGAUGAAGCACCGUGGAGAACGCUACAAGAACAUGAUCGACCCUCUUGGAACCAACUCCCUGGGCCUCAAACUGCCCCCCAAGGACUUCCAGCUCGGCUCCUACCAGUAG